AAUUCUGAAAUGUGAUUUUUUACCUCUGAAUGUUGUUUCAUUUUUGAAUUUGAGCCAGUAGUCCAAAACUUGAGCAGAAUUCAUUCCAGAAUGGGUGCUAAUCAAAGCACCAGAAAAAUUACAUUGAUGAAUGAUGAAAAAUCUGGCAUCAUAAAGCUAUCUGAUAAUUUGGCUCAGCGGCUGAAAGGCCAACUUGAAGAUGCUCAGCAGCAGCCUCCAUCUCCCCCACCGCGUGCCGCAUUUGUACCAACUCCCUCCCCUACACCGCCACCACCACCACCACCCAUUUCAGACUCCACCCAUGCCACUGCUGCACCCUGGGAUGAAGGACGUGGUGACAUUUGGACUGGUUUGUACGCUGAAGAAGGGCGCCGAGCGUUGCUCAGGCUCCAAGAAGAGCAAAAUCAAGCCAUCGCGGCCGUGCAUCAACAAUGGCAACAAAAAAUGCAAGCAAGAGAGCAGGAGUGGGUGGAGACCUCUAAAUUAAGCGCUGCUGAGCUGCAGAAAACGGCGGAAGAAGUAGAGGCAGGGUUUGUGAAGAGCACCGUAACGCCCGUGUGCCAGGACUGUAAGAGUGCUGUGCUUGCCUGCUACCAAGAGCACCCAAAACAAACUCUUCUUUGUGCAGAUUCCGUAGAAAAGUUCACCAGAUGUGUGGAUCUCACAAGGCUUCAAAGCGUGAUGCAACAAGACGCGCGUCAACGGGGUUAAUGUGACCAUUCAGCCUCGGCCAGCACCAUACAACCGGUGGUGGCUCUCAUACUGUAUAUUGUAAUAAAAUUAUUCGGAUGAAUUAUACACACUUGUCUCAUGAUUCUUUAUAUUGUAAGUAACAGCAUUCUUUGUACACCUGAAUCUCCA